GUUGGCGGGGUGGCCUCCAUUGUCGGGCUGCUGCUCUCAGCGGCGGGGCUCGCCAGCGCUCCAGUGGGCGGGGGCGCGGCAGGUGAGACGGGGCGGGUACGGCCAGCUCGCUGGGCCCUCGAGGCGGGCGGCGGCAGGAAGGUGGUGCCUCGGCCCCUCGUGCCCUGUCGCCUAGCUCCAGCCCCGAUGCUGACGGCAAAGGCUACACUCCUCAGGCCUGGAAUGUGAGGCCCAGAGCGUCGGAUCCAACUCAGCCUCGCCCGGAUGGGGAAACCGAGGCAGGGAGCGGGGGUGGGCGUGCGUGGGGAUCCCUUAAAGGCAGCCUCGGAAACCCCACGGAGCCUGCGCUGCCUGGGCACUGUGUGACUCCAGACCAAGGAGGAUGAGCUGCUGUCCCUGGAAGAGAACGGAUGGAGGAAAGCAGCUCCUGCAAAGUUCCCUCUAUGGCUGCUGCUGAUCUGGAGGAGGGUGCUGGUCAGACUAGGAGCUUGCCUGCCACCCCCUCCAAAGAUGUUCACAAGGGUGUUGGAGGCAUCAUCUUUUCCUCCUCACCGAUUUUAGACUUGAGUGAAAGUGGUCUGUGCCGUUUGGAGGAGGUCUUCAGAGUCCCCAGCCUUCAACAAUUGCAUCUGCAAAGGAAUGCCCUGUGUGUGAUUCCUCAAGAUUUCUUUCAGCUGCUGCCGAACCUGACCUGGCUGGACCUCCGGUACAAUAGAAUUAAGGCGCUUCCUUCUGGGAUUGGAAAUCACAAGCAUUUGAAAGCUUUGCUUUUAGAAAGAAAUCCUAUCAAAAUGUUACCUGUGGAGCUGGGGAGCGUAACCACGCUGAAAGCACUGAACCUAAGACACUGCCCUCUGGAAUUCCCUCCUCAGCUCAUUGUGCAGAAGGGAUUGGUGGCUAUCCAGCGCUUCCUGCAGAUGUGGGCAGUAGAACACUCUCUCCCCAGAAAUCCAACUUCUCAAGAGUCUCCACCGGUUAAAGAGAUGACCCUCCAUGACCUCCUCAGCCCAGGGUUGGAGUUGUCUGGAGACCAUGCGUCUAACGAAGGAGCUGUGUACGCUCAGGGCCCGGAGGCGGCUGUGAUGAAAGAGAAGGCCGGCUUUCUCCCGCCUGUGGAAAAGCCAGACCUGAGUGAACUGAGGAAGUCUACUGACUCCUCGGAGAACUGGCCCAGCGAGGAGGAGAUCAGGCGCUUUCGGAAGCUGAGGCAGGAGAUUGUCGAGCACGUGAAGGCAGACGUUCUGGGAAAUCAGCUCUUACCGAGAGAAUUACCUCCAAAUCUCAAGGUGGUCUUGAACAGUGAGGAAGAACUGCCAAAGCCAAGACAUGUUUUCAGAAGGAAGACAGCCUCCUCCAGGAGCAUCUUACCCGACCUCUUGUCACCGUACCAAAUGGCGAUCCGAGCAAAAGGACUGGAAGAGAGCCGAGCGGCAGCGCUCCGAGAGCUCCGGGAGAAGCAGGCUCUGAUGGAGAAGCAGAGACGAGAGAAAAGGGCACUGCAGGAGUGGAGAGAGCGAGCCCAGCGGAUGAGGAAGAGGAAGGAAGAGCUCAGCAAACUCCUACCUCCACGGAGGAGCAUGGUGGCAUCAAAGAUUCCGUCUGCCACAGAUCUGAUAGAUAACGGGAAAGUACCACUGAAUCCACCUGGAAAAAUGAAACCAAGCAAAGAGAAAUCGCCACGAGCAAGUAAAGCAAUGAGUGCCCUCCAGGAGGGAAAUUUAGAAGAGAAGAUAAAACAGCACGUCCCCGAAAUGCAUGAGCAAAGAAGAUUCCAUGGCCAGGCCCCGCUGGAGGAGAUGAGGAAGGCUACCGAGGAUCUGGAAAUUGCCACAGAGCUACAGGAUGAAGUAUUGAAGCUAAAACUGGGAUUAACCUUGAACAAAGACCGUCGACGGGCGGCCCUCACUGGAAACCUUUUGCUUGGCCUGCCAGCGGCACAACCUCAAAAUACAUUUUUAACACAAAAUAUGAAGAAUCAGGAAAUGUUCGCAGAUACCAGUGCCACCAGGUGGCUGGACUGAUGGAGACGUCUUCAGACAGGGGCCGCUCAGUCUUCUUUCCCCGGCGUCGCCUCCUGUGUGGUGCCGGAAGAGCGCCAGGUUCAGUGUUACCCUUAGGGCUGAUUUCAUGCAGCCUGUUGUUUUCCUUAGACAGGCCCACGCUCCUGUCCUGAGGCUGUGGGAGAUUUCAGCUGUAUUAAAAGAAAGGGCACUGUGA